GUUUUCAGAAGUUGCCCCACAAACAAAGAAGAAAAGUCCUUGAAAGAGAGAGUUUUCCAAGGCCCAGAUUACAAGUUCAUGUUAUUUACAAUCUCAAAAAGCUUCCAUACAAGUUGUGCUAGCCUAGCUACUUGCAAAAUCUUGGAAUAUUUUACUUCAUCCAAAUCCCUUGCAGUCUGUCUGCAGAGAAGAGAAAAGAUGGCUUUGAUCGGAGAGGCUCUUAUCUCUGCUUCCGUCCAGGUGUUGUGUGACAGAAUUACUUCAAGCGAGUUCGUCGACUUAUUUCGGCAGAAGAAACUGGACGAACCACUCCUCAUGAACUUGAAGACGACACUGUUGACUUUGUUCGUGGUGCUCAAUGAUGCAGAGGAGAAGCAACUUGUGAACCCUGCUGUGAGAGAGUGGCUUAACGAGCUCAAGCAUGCUGUCUUUGAUGCAGAGGACUUACUGGAUGAGAUCGACACUGAAGCUUUGCGACGCAAGCUGAAAGGUGAGGAUCAAACCCACAAAUUAACCAAUAAGGUGUGGAACUUACUCCCUUCUUCUCGUAAUCAUUUUUAUCAAAGCAUGAAUGUUAAGGUACAAGAGUUGUUGCAAAGAUUAGAAAACUUUGUACAACAGAAAAUUGCUCUUGGUCUGGGAGAAGUUGCUAGGAGGAAGGUUUCACAUAGAACUCCAACAACUUCCUUGGUUCAUGAACCUUGUGUAUAUGGUAGAGAUGAAGUCCAAGAAAAUUUAUCAAAAGUGUUGCUAUCUGAUGAUGCAAGCAAGGAUGAUGUGUCUGUCCUCACCAUUGUUGGAAUGGGUGGGGUUGGCAAGACAACCCUUGCUCGAAUGCUCUACAACAACAAUAAGGUGGAAGGGCAUUUUACACUUAAAGCUUGGGCUUGUGUUUCAGAAGACUAUAAUGCUUUUAGAAUAACUAAAACUAUUCUUGAGUCAGUCACUUCAAAGCCUUGUAAUACGACGGAUCUGAAUUUGCUUCAAGUUGAAUUAAGAGAGCAGUUGAGGGGAAAGAAAUUUUUAUUUGUGUUGGAUGAUCUAUGGAAUGAAAAUUAUGGCGAUUGGGAGCGCCUCCAAACUCCUUUUAAUUCAGGGGCCAGGGGAAGCAAAGUCAUUAUAACAACACGGAACAAAAAUGUAGCAUCUUUAAUGAAAAAUGUUCCCAUUCAAUUCUUGGAACCAUUGUCGCAUCAAGACUGCUGGUUGUUACUUGCUAAACAUGCUUUUGGAAAUGAAAACUAUAGUGCAAAUUCAAACUUGGAAGACAUUGGCAAGCAAAUUGCACUCAAGUGCAAAGGGUUGCCUUUAGCUGCACAAACACUUGGGGGUUUGUUACGUUGCAAUAUAGAUUCUGAGGAGUGGAAUAGAAUACUAAAUAGUAAUAUUUGGUACCUACCCCAUGGUACAACUGACAUUCUUCCAUCUCUAUGGUUGAGUUAUCAUUAUCUCCCCGCUCAGUUAAAACGAUGCUUUGUUUAUUGUUCACUUUUUCCAAAGGAUUAUGAGUUUGAAAAGGAAGAUGUAGUUCAAUUAUGGAUGGCAGAAGGCUUAGUUACUCAAGUUGAUAAUGGGAUGAUUAUGGAAUCAAUGGCUAGAAAAUACUUUGACGAGCUAUUAUCUCGGUCACUGUUUCAAAAGUCAAGAGAACUCAGUUUCACAAUGCAUGACCUCAUUCAUGACUUGGCUAUGUUCAUCUCUAAGGGGUUUUGCCUUAGGCUGGAAGGGGUGGAAUCACGUGAAGUUAAAAGAGCUCGUCAUUUGUCAUAUGCUAGGGGAAGAUUUGAUGUUGCUCCAAGAUUUGAACCAUUAUAUGAGGCUAAAUGUUUGCGGACCUUCCUACCUACCUCUUUAAAUCCAUAUAGAUCUUAUGAGAGAUUUUUUGUAAGUAAAAAAGUUCUACAAGAUUUGUUGCCAUCACUAAGAUGUUUACGGGUGUUAUCAUUGUCACGUUAUCAAAAUGUCACUGUGUUACCUGAUUCUAUUGGAAACCUCAUUCACUUGCGCUACUUGGAUCUUUCCCAUACUGCAAUUGAAAGGUUACCUGGGGUACUUUGCAAUCUCUACAACUUGCAGACUUUAAUAUUGUCAUAUUGUUCCUCUCUCUUUGAAUUGCCUGCAGACAUCAGAAAAUUGAUUAAUUUACAGAAAUUGACAUUGGGCGGUUGUAGUUCUCUUAAUAAAUUGCCUGCAGGCAUGAAGGAGUUGACUAAUUUGCAUCAUCUUGAUGUCAGUGGAACUAAAAUUGAAGAGAUGCCGGUGCAAAUGGGUAGAUUGAAAAGUUUGAGAACAUUGACUGCAUUUGUUGUGGGCAAAUCUACUGGGUUAGGCAUAAGAGAACUGAAGGAGUUCCCACAACUUCGAGGAAAACUAUCAAUUUUGAAGCUACAAAAUGUAGUUGAUGCGAGCGAUGCACUGCACGCCAAUAUGAAGCACAAGAAAGAUCUCAAGGAGUUAAAGUUUUCAUGGGGCGCGGAGGAUGCUGAUGAUUCCCAAAAGGAGAAAGAUGUACUCGACCAAGCUCCAGCCUUGCGUGAAUUUGGAGAAAUUAACCAUCAAAUUCUAUGGUGGAACCAAUUUUCCGAAUUGGUUAGGAGACUCGUCUUUUUCUAA